AGCUACAGUAUCUACGGAUGGAGUCACUCCAAACUUGGCUCGCCAGUCGCCUCAAAUACUUUACUUCAGCAAAUUGGAUUAUUUACCAAUGUGAAUGUUCGGCAGACAAAGUGUCCAGGUUCACAGCAUUUGAUCUCCCUCCAUACUGAGUUUUAUCGCGCAGCAAGUCCCGUUUUUCGCCAAUAUCGGAAGACUGAUUUUUAUUUUAUUUGAAAUAACAAAUGCUGAUUUUGCUGGAAAUGUAAUCUAAGAAACAAAGGCAGAAGUUGCAGAAGACUUGAUUCCCUUUUCCCUGUCCCGAGAACUAUUGGAAGAGAUGUAUUUCUGAUCAUGGACUAAAGAAGAUGCCUUUGCUCUGUACAUCAAAACACAUGUUUUGCCUGCGCGAUUAGCAUACAGAGAUCCCUGUGGAUUAAUUUAAGGACGAUGGAUAAUUUUUUCACCGAGGGCGCCCGUGUGUGGUUACGCGAGGAAGAACAGUACCUCCCCAGCACUGUUUCCUCUUGCUCUGGAGGCGUGGUGGUUUUCGCUACUGAAUAUGGACAGGUGUACACCUACAAGCAGAAUGCCCUCACCAGACAGAAAGUGCAGCCCAUGCACCCCAGCAGCUCAGGGGGAGUGGAGGAUAUGGCCAGCCUGGAAGACCUUCAUGACGGGGCCAUCAUGCACAACCUGUACCUUCGCUACCAGCAGAGGAACAUUUAUACAUACAUCGGCUCCAUCCUGGCUGCGGUGAACCCGUACCAGUCCAUCCCUGACCUAUACGACCGGCCGGCAGUGGAGAGGUACAGCCGACACCACCUGGGCGAGAUUUCCCCGCACAUCUACGCUGUAGCAAACGAGUGUUACCGUUCCCUAUGGAAGCGACUGCAGAACCAGUGUGUGUUAAUCAGUGGAGAGAGUGGAGCGGGUAAGACCGAGAGCACCAAGCUCAUCCUGAAGUUCCUGUCGGCUAUGAGUGAGCACUCCCUGGAGCUCUCCUCAACAGACAGGACGUCACACGUGGAGGAGGACCUCCUGGAGAGCAGCCCAAUCAUGGAAGCCUUCGGCAACGCCAAGACCGUCUACAACAACAACUCUAGCCGGUUUGGGAAGUUUGUUCAACUACACUUCUGUCAGAAGGGCAACAUCCAAGGCGGUAAAAUCGUGGACUACCUCCUAGAGAAGAAUCGAGUUGUUAGGCAGAAUCCAGGGGAAAGGAACUAUCACAUCUUCUAUGCACUUCUGGCUGGAACCAAUGCAGAACAGAGGGAGGCCUUCAGUUUUUCCCCACCAGAGAAUUACUACUACCUAAAGCAAUCUGGCUGUGUGGCAGACAAGACAAUCAACGACAAAGGCACUUUUCAGGACGUACUGAAUGCAAUGCGGACCAUGCAGUUCACAGAGGAGAAUAUCUGGGAGAUCCUUCGGCUCCUGGCGGGAAUUCUUCAUGCCGGGAAUAUCGAGUUUAUGACGGCCGGAGGAGCUCAGGUCUCUUCCAAAACAGCACUGGGCAGGACAGCAGACCUCCUGGGCCUGAACUCAGAACAUCUGGCCGAGGUGCUGACCCACAAGUCCUUGAUCCUACGGGGUGAGGAGAUCUGCACGCCCCUCACCGUUGAACAGGCGGUGGAUUCCAGGGACUCCAUGGCGAUGGCACUUUAUUCCCAGUGUUUCACCUGGAUUAUCCGGAAACUCAACAACCGUAUCCGAGGGAAAGAGGACUUCAAAUCCAUCGGCAUCCUAGACAUAUUUGGAUUUGAGAAUUUCGAGGUCAACCGCUUUGAGCAGUUCAACAUUAACUAUGCAAACGAGAAACUUCAGGAAUACUUUAACAAGCACAUCUUCUCGCUGGAGCAACUUGAAUACAACAAGGAAGGGCUUGUAUGGGAGGACAUCAACUGGAUGGACAACGGGGAAUGUUUGGAUCUGAUAGAGAAGAAACUGGGUCUCCUUGCACUGAUGAACGAGGAGAGUCACUUUCCCAAAGCCACUGACUGCACUCUACUGGAGAAGCUCCACAGCCAGCACUCGAAAAACCAAUUUUAUGUGAAACCACGCGUUGCUGUGCACAACUUUGGAGUGAGACACUAUGCAGGCGAGGUGGUGUAUGACGUGAGGGGCAUUCUGGAGAAGAAUCGAGACACUUUCAGGGACGACAUCCUCAACCUGCUUAGAGAGAGCAGGUUGGACUUUGUGUACGACCUCUUUGAGCACGUCUCGAGCCGUAACAAGCAGGACACCCUCAAAUGCAGCUCCAAGCACAGGAGACCCACUGUCAGUUCCCAGUUUAAGAAUUCCUUGCACUCACUGAUGGCCAACCUCAGUACUUCGAACCCCUUUUUUGUGCGAUGCAUCAAGCCGAACACUCACAAGAUGCCUGAGCAGUUUGACCAGACGGUGGUGCUGAACCAGCUCAGGUACUCAGGGAUGCUGGAGACCGUAAAGAUCCGCCGUACAGGCUUCCCCAUCAGGAGGCCUUUCCAAGACUUCUGUACCAGGUACAAGGUGUUAAUGAGGACUGUGUCUCCACCAGAAGACCCAAGGGGAUGGUGCGUACAGUUACUCCACCUCUACGACAGCACCAGUGCAGAAUGGGAGCUGGGGAAGACCAAGGUGUUUCUACGGGAGUCUCUGGAGCACAGGCUGGAGAAGCAGCGAGAGUUGGAGGUGCUCAAAGCAGCCAUGGUCAUUCAGGCUCACGUCAUGGGCUACAUGGCCAGGAAGCAGUACAGGAAGCUGCUGCAGUGCAUUGUGGUCAUUCAGAAGAACUACAGGGCGUUUUAUUGGAGGCGGAAGUUCUUGCUCCUGCGCUGGGCCGCUCUCACCUUCCAGAAAUGCCUGAGGGGCCAGUUGGGACGAAAGGUCUACUGCCAGCUCCUGGAUGAGAGGAAGAUGAUGGAGGAGGAUAAGAGGAGGAGGAGGGUGGAAGAGCUGGAUAGGGAAAAGAAGAGGCUGGAGGCUGAAUGGCUAGCACAAUAUGCAGAGAAAGCCAGGAAGGUUGAGGACCUCCAUCAGGCCCAAGAGCUAUACCUUCUGACUCAGACACAAACACGGACACAGAAAAAUACACAGACACAACAAGCAACAUUGCCAGCAACCCAGGCAGUGCAGCAACAGAUGAAUGAAAUGGAGCCUUGCAAAAUGUUCGAAGAGAUCUCUACUGAGGAGUUUUCCGAAGAGGCGGUGCGGACCCAGGACGCAUCCCAGGACGCCUCGCAGGUGGAGGAGAUCCUACGUCUGGAGCGGGAGAUCCAGGAGCUUCAGCGGCAGAAGGAGCAGCAGGAGCUGUCCCUGACCGAGGCCUCCCUCCACCGACUGCAGACCCUCCGUGACCAGGAGCUGCAGCGCCUGGAGGACGAGGCGUGCAAGGCCGCCCAGCAGUUCUUGGAGUCGCUCAACUUCGACGAGAUUGACGAGUGCGUGCGCAAUAUCGAGUGCUCGCUGGGCGUGGAGGAGGAGGAGAAGAUAGGCGGAGAGAGGGAGGAGGGUGAGGAGGAGGAGGAGGUGGACGAAGGCUUUGGCGCUGAUGAUGAGGGAUACAAGGACUCACCCAACCCAAGCGAGCAUGGCCACUCAGAUGGCCAGCGCACCAGUGGCAUCCGCACCAGCGACGACUCAUCAGAGGAGGACCCGUACGCUAAUGACGGAAUGCAGAUCCCACUCCUGCCACCAAAUACACUACUCCACCAGCCGCUGCCACUGCUGCCGCUGUUUCAAGCCUGCCACAGCGCCUCCUCUGGCGGGGACUCGGUCUACUGCCACCCCCAGGUUUCAGAGGCCCAGUCCGAUGAUCUGGUCGAGCUCAUUCCCCCGGAUGAAGACUCGGACUAUGACCAGGACGACUAUGACGAGGGGGCCAUAGUGUCCAGUGGCAGCAUGGCGUUCUCACAACCCUGCAAAGGGCAGUGGUCACCUGACUACCACGGCUCUGUGGGCACCUACAACAGUUCGGGAACCUAUCGCUUCAGCUCGGAGGGGGCCCAAUCAUCGUUUGAGGACAGCGAGGACGAUUUCAACAGGUUCGACAUAGACGAUGAGCUGUCCUACCGACGAGACUCGGUCUAUAGUUGUGUCACACUGCCAUACUUUCACAGCUUCCUCCACAUCAAAGGUGGCCUGAUGAACACGUGGAAGCGGCGUUGGUGCGUGCUGAAGGACGAGACCUUCCUGUGGUUCCGCGCUAAGCAGGAGGCCCUGAAGCAGGGCUGGCUCCACAAGAAGGGUGGCGGCUCCUCAACGCUGUCACGCCGCAACUGGAAGCGCCGCUGGUUCGUCCUGCGCCAGAGCAAGCUCAUGUACUUCGAGAAAGACGGCGAGGACAAGAUGAAGGGCAUGCUCGACAUGCAUGCAGCCAAAGAGAUUGUGGACAACACAGGCAAGGAGAACGGAAUCGACAUCAUCAUGCCAGAACGCACCUACCACCUUAUUGCUGAGACCGCUGAGGAUGCAAGUCAGUGGUUCAGUGUGCUCAGCCAGGUGCACACCUCCACAGAGCAAGAGAUCAGGGAGAUGCACGACGAACAAGCCAACCCCCAGAAUGCAGUGGGAACCCUCGAUGUUGGCUUGAUCGAUUCAGUCUGUGCGUCAGACAACCCUGAACGGACCAACUCCUUCGUGAUGAUCACAGCUAACAGGGUGUUACACUGCAAUGCCGACACUCCUGAAGAGAUGCACCACUGGAUAACAUUGCUGCAACGUUCCAAAGGAGACACACGUGUGGAGGGACAGGAGUUCAUCAUCAGAGGCUGGCUCCACAAGGAGAUGAAGAACAGCAGCAGAGCCUCUCUGAAGCUGAAGAAGCGCUGGUUCCUGCUUACCCACAACUCUCUGGACUACUAUAAAAGCUCGGAGCGCAACACCCUCAAGCUGGGCACCCUGGUGCUCAAUAGCCUGUGCUCAGUGGUGCAGCCUGACGAGAAGGUCUUCAAGGAGACAGGUUACUGGAACGUCACAGUUUACGGCCGGAAGCACUCGUACCGUCUCUACACCAAGCUCCUGAACGAGUCCACGCGCUGGGCCAGCGCCAUGCAGAACGUCAUCGACACCAAGGUCCCCAUCAACACCCCCACCCAGAAGCUCAUCCAGGACAUCAAGGAGAACUGUCUGAACUCCGAGGUGGUGGAGCAAAUCUAUAAGAGGAACCCCAUCCUGCGCUACAGCCACCACCCGCUCCACUCGCCACUGCUGCCCCUGCCCUACGGGGACAUCCACAUCAGCUCCCUGAGGAACAAGGGCUACACGACGCUCCAGGACGAGGCGCUCAAGAUGUUCAACUCGCUGCAGCACCUGGAGGGUGUUACCGACCCCGUGACCAUCAUCCAGGGUGUGCUGCAGACGGGCCAGGAGCUGAGGCCCCUGAGGGAUGAGCUCUACUGCCAGCUGGUCAAACAGACCACUCGCCCCCCACAGCCCUGCAGCCCUGGGAACCUGUGCAGCUGGAGGAUCCUGGCAUGCAUGUGCUGCACGUUCAUGCCAUCGCGCGGAAUCCUCAAGUACCUCAAGUUCCACUUCAAGAGGGCUCGGGAGCUCUUCCCGGGCAUGGAGAUAGAACGCUACGCCUCAUUCGGCCUGGAUUCCCUGAGGAAGACGCGUGGCCGGGAGUACGUACCCUCCCAGGAGGAGAUCCGGGCCGUGGUGGCGCGCCAGGAUAUGACCACCACAGUGCACUGCCAUGGCGGAGGCUCCUGCAAAAUCACCAUCAACUCUCACACCACCGCCGGAGAGGUGGUGGAGAAGCUAAUACGGGGCUUGGCCAUGGAGGACAGCAGGAACAUGUUCGCCCUGUUUGAGCACAAUGACACCACUGACAAAGCCAUUGAGAGCCGCACAGUGGUGGCUGACGUUCUUGCCAAGUUUGAAAAGCUCUCUGCAAGUCAAGAUGAGACCAAGACAGGCUGGAAGUUCUAUUUUAAGCUUUACUGCUUCUUAGACACAGAUAAUGUACCCAGGGACUGUGUUGAGUUUGCCUUCAUGUUUGAGCAGGCCCAUGAGGCGGUGAUCAGAGGCCAUUACCCAGCCCCGGAGGAGACCCUCCAGUUCCUGGCUGCCCUAAGACUACAAUACCUCCUCGGAGACUACAACCCCCAAGCUACCGUGCCCGAAAUGUCUCAGGUGUUCCCUAUGACUCGGUUGCGUGCCCGCAUCCAAAAUUACGCCAAGACUUUCUCCCCGGCCACUGGUUUGGGCAUGGGGUCAGUGGUGGACCGUUCCGAUGGAACCUUGGAGAAGAAGCGCUCCAGCUUCUUGGAGGGAACGCUAAGGCGUAGUUUCAGGAGCGGCUCAAUGAGCCGCCAGAAGUUGGAGGAGGAGAACACGCUCGAGGCCUGGAUGAGGGAGGAGAUAGCGGCAGCACGAGCCAGCCUGGUGGACAAGUGGAAGAAGCUGCAGGGGAUGAACCAGGAGCUGGCCAUGGUGAAGUACAUGGCCCUGGUCAAAGAGUGGCCCGGCUACGGAUCCACGCUCUUCGAAGUGGAGUCCUGUGACGGGGCCUUUCCAGUGGAGCUGUGGCUGGGGGUGAGCAGGGAGGCCAUCUCAGUGUAUAAGCGUGGCGAACCCUGGCCCCUGGAGGUCUUCCCCUAUGAGCUCAUCCUUUCGUUUGGGGCCCCACUGCCAAAUGCCUACAAAAUAGCCGUGGAGGACCGCGAACUGCUCUUCGAGACCAGUCUGGUUAUGGACAUUGCCAAGCUGAUGAAAGCCUACAUUAGCAUGAUCGUUAAAAAGCGCUACAGCAACUCUGCAUCCAUCAGCAGCUACGGUAGCCAGUGUAGCACCUGGUGAGGUGUCGUCCAAGACCUUUCACCUUUCAUCACUUAGCAGAGGGCUGGGGGAGGUUGAGUCCUGCGACAGCCUUGUCAGGACACCUUUCCCUCAGUGUUUUGGAGAAACGUGAUUUUGAACACUCUGGGCCAGACUGACUUUCUCAUGGCUCUUAUUGCUAACCAGCUAGCUUUGUCUUUCUUAUGCUAACGUGCUACCAUUACAAGGGCUUUUGUUACAGGGUGAGACUAGUGUUACUGGGGUGGUUCCUAUAAGUGUGCCGAGUUGGGGCAUGGCCAGUCAGAAUCUAUAAGGGUUCAAGCUAGAAGUCGUCCCUAACCACAGAUCUAGGAUCAGAUUACCCAAGCCCAAAACCCCAAACAAAAAAAUCUGACCCUGGACCAGCAGUUAGGAGAAACUUUACCAACUCACGAGUGCCAUGUUUGGUGCCAUGUUUGGUUCUUCUAAUGGAUGAAACCUCAAUUGGAUGCCCACUUCUAAGCUUUGGAAAUUUUGGGCCGAUUGUUAAGGAACCAUCUCUUUUAUUAUGAAGAAAUGGAAAUAUGCAACUCAAAUUAUUUUCAAGUGGCAUUUUUAAUAUAUAUAUUGAUUGUUGAAAGGGGAACAUUGCCAGUGAUUAAAGGGUUAAAAGUGCUUGAAAUAAACCCUUAAAAUAGCAGACUGCUUAGCGGCACCCCAUCCUUACACACGGUAAAUCAUUGGAAAUUAAUCAUUUGAUUUAAUGAAAAUUUCCCCCUCGUACAAAUAAAACAUUUGUUCAACUUUCUGGGUAUACCAAUUUUCUCAACUCAAGUUUGUCAUCUAACAUGUCAAGCAGGAAUGCAUGAUAAAUAGAUUUUGAUGUGAAAUAGGCAUACCUAAACCAGUGGGUGAUUGGCAUCGAUUUUGGAUUGACAAUUAGGCUAUUGUUGCUAUAUAAUAAUAUAUAAUAUAUGCCAUUUAGCAGAUGCUUUUAUCCAAAGCGACUUACAGUCAUAUGUGCAUACAUUCUACGUAUGGGUGGUCCCGGGGAUCGAACCCACUACCCUGGCGUUACAAGCGCCAUGCUCUACCAACUGAGCUACAGAAGGACCACUAGAAUAUUACUGUCAAAAUAGGGCUUCAGAAUUGCAGAUUUAUUUUGAUCAUCAUCAUCAUCUAGACUACUCGGAGCACACAGGGAGAAACGGGGCAAGGCAAACGCUUUCAUGCAGGAUUCAAUAUUGUAUUGUUGGACCAAAUCAAAUCAGAGUUUUAGCUGCCCCAAAAAUAUAAAGUUUUUGAGUGAAGUGACGUGCUAAAAUGUGUAGUUUGCAUGGAUGCGGCCACUUCGAAGUGUGGAAGUGGAAUACCUCUCCAGUGUGUCUACAAAGGACUGUUUCAGGCCUCGCAUUAUUUGACAGCAUUAUUUGAAAGGAUUUUAGGCCUAGAGCUUAUUUGACCUGUGCUUUUUUACCUCAUUAUAUACCUCCCUUUUAAGAGUUGGGGGGGACAACAGGGCAGCGAGUCAUGAGAUACUGCUGAAGAUUUUAUCCACUGCAGUUUAUACUGUACUGCAUGUUGCAAAUGUAAUAUUACUGUUGUGAGGCCUAAUUGCCACGGUAAUUAGGAAUGGCCAGUCAAUUAUUAUGGCCCACAAAUGUACAUCUUAACUUACAUCAAAUGCUUUAUGACAGCAUAAUCUCCCAUAGCGGUGCCAAUCCAAACCCCCCAAAAAUAGAAAAUAUUAAAAAGAGAAAGGGCUCGAUUUGAUCAGAUCCGCUUUAGCCGACAUUUGCAUAUCGGUUGUUUUGGCAGAGCUAGAACCACAUCAAAUCCACAAGCAGCUCUGUGCGGUAAACUAUUGUGGAAAUUGCCAUUGGAUGGACCGAGUCGCAUUAGUAAUAAUCCUAUGCAGCCUCUACACCUCGAUUAGGCCGAUACAAAUCCUUAUUGUUGCUUGACAGCUCUUGAUGUAGUUACACCUCAGACACCGCCAAAACACCAGCUAUGUAGGUGUCAGCUGUCGCCUGUUCACACUCGAUCUGAUUGAAUCCUAGCCUGAGAGCUCCUUCGAAUCAGAUCCGCUUUAGCCGACCGCCGUUGUUUUUGUCGGAGGUGGCACCGCAGUAGAGCUGUCAAAAAAAAAGAAUUGGAUCCCAGCGUUUACUCCUAAAGCGUACAUCGCCAUAUGCUGCAGAGUCGCAUGAACAGAAAUCCCAUAUGCAUCUGUGUUUACAAGUUCAAACACUGGAAUGUGAGAUGUAAUCUACACCUCAAAUAGGAUGGUAAAAAUCUUCAUUCGUUUAAUGAUUUUUCAAUUUGAGGGUAAUCAUUUCUAUAUAACCUACACCUUCUCGUUCGGGAACUUCUAACAUGAGUGGGGCGGGUGUGGCUUCGUGACAAUGAUCGCAAGAGCAGCUGCUUACCGAUUUAUUUUUCCAAUUUUGUUCCACCUCCAAAACAUUACCGGUUAACACAAUCUGAUUGAACAUACUGUAGGUCGUAGUUAGUUUAAAGUCCCUGUUUUUAUUUCGAAGACUUUGGACUAGUGAGCUUUGCAGCCCAAAGGACACUUACCUGAUGGGCUAGUAAGGAAAGGGACCUAACUUUCUAACUAGGGACCCAAGAGUUCUUUACGCCUCCUGCGGACUGGGCGAGAAGUAGAUCGUCUGCGUCUGGGCAUGAUUAUUGCUAUACCCACUGAAUUGCUGGACCCAUGCUUUUAUAGGCUUUGCCUUGGGGGUGAAAUGACUUCAUAAUGGCACUGGCAUGAUGCAGUAGCAACAGUGCCAUUCCAAAACACAAAAAUCUGGAAACAAGACAAAGAUUCAGAAAAUUAGCCAAAAAAUGCUAGGAGUAGACCCUCCCUUCAGCUUAGAAAGCUUAGUGUAUUAUAAUAUAGAUAGUGCAGCUUGGUCCAAAAUAAUCACGUUUACUUUAAACAUCUGGACGAAAAACACCCAGCAGUACCUUACUCAAAAGAUCUCCAGCUCGGAAGGUGCUUCAUUAUUUCCCUCUACCAGCAAAGUUCUCGUAAAGUUCCUGCAAGGUUGCUUUAACAUAAGCGACACCCCACAGCAUUUCACUGGAACUCCGCGGGCGGUAGCUCCACCCAAAGAUGUGCAGGAUUGUUCCUCAGUGCCUUGUUGUAUAUUAAUGUACACGUGUUCCUUUUUCAAUGGAUUUGGUUUCAAACGUCUAUACAAUUAUCUCUAACUGAACCACAAAGAAAUAUAUGAGAUGUAACCAUGUUAUUUUUCUCCCAAAGUCAAUUUCAAAGCUUACAGUUGAAAGUAUAACAACGGUAUACAAUACUGGUCUUGGUCGGUGUAUCUUUUCUUUCUCAUUUGUAUUAGCUGUGUUAUGUAUUAAAGGAUGAUUCUAGCAAUAAAUGAAUACCUAUUUA